GCCAGAUCCCAGACCCAAAGCUGUCUCUAGCUAUCCUUAAUUAGCACAGGAAGAAACCUUGCCCCACUGUAAGGAAUGGUCUGAAGAUAACCUGUCGGCAACCACAGAGAAAGAGAGGGAGGGAGAGAGAGCAGGAAUGAGAGAGAGAUAUUUUGAGUUGUAAGUGGAGUUUCGUGUCUGGUCAUCAUACUCUGAUACUCAAGGAGCGAGGCAGAGAAGAGAGAGACAGACAGACAGACCGAGUGGAGUUUUGUGUCUGGUCAUGAUCCACUGGGCGGCUUAAGAAUGGAGGGUCAACAAUCUGAAAUGGAGGUAGAGGUCCCUGAAUACUCUGACUUUGUGGAGCAAGAACAGAUUCAGAAGAGAACCUUUACCAACUGGAUCAAUGCUCAGCUAUCUAAGAGGAGCCCUCCCACAACAGUGCUGGACCUGUUCUCUGACCUUAGAGAUGGCGCUCGCCUCCUUGACCUGCUCGAGGUGAUGAGCGGCCAGCGCAUGAAACGGGAGAGGGGCCACGGGUUUUUCCAGCACAGGGGUAACAUUCAGACGGCCUUGGACUUCCUCAAGAAGAAAUCAGUUAAACUGGUGAACAUCAACAUCCCAGACAUCAUCGACGGACGCCCCUCCAUCAUCCUGGGCCUUAUAUGGACCGUCAUCCUCCACUGUCACAUUGAGGAGCUGGCCAGCACACUGUCUUUCAGCUCACGCCACUCUUCCCUGGACUCCCUGGCCAGUCUGGACUCUCGCUCCAGUAGCCCUGCCCUGGGAAGCCCAACCCCGGGUAGUCCUGCCCCUCGCGGGCGAGCUUCGCCCCUCCACACCCGCUUCCGCGUAUCGGCCAAGAAGGCCCUGCUGAUGUGGGUCCGAGACCAGUGCCAAAGAGCUGACUGCUCCCUCAGUGUCAAGGACUUUAAAUGCAGCUGGCGUAGUGGGAUGGCAUUCCUGGGCAUCCUGUGUUCUCUGAGACCAGACCUGGUGGACUUAACUCAGGCCCAGUCUAGAAGCAACCAGCAGAACUUGGAGGAGGCCUUCCGUCUGGCUGAGCAGGAGCUACACAUCCCCCGUCUGCUGGAGCCCCAGGACGUUGACGUAAAAAACCCAGACGAAAAGUCCAUCAUGACCUACGUGGCCCAAUUCCUGCAGUAUUCCAAUGACCUCCCCACACCACCCGACGAUGAUGACCUGCAGCUGUUCACCCAGGCCCAGCCCCCCUGCCUUUCUCCUAUCAAUCUGCCCUCUCACUUCACCCCUGCCAUCGCUGUCUCUCCCCUGCACCAGGCUUCACCCAAUCGAAGGGCCCGGGAGGUGACCUGCUGGCUUCAACGGGCCUAUCAGGAGCUGCUGGAGGUGUGGGCCUCCACGGAGAAAAAAGCCUAUGCAGAGCGGUAUCAGGCAUUCCAGGCAUUUGCGGUCUCCUUCAGUGAGCAGCGACGGCCAGUGAUGCCCCUGUUGGGAGCCAUGCGACGCUGCCCGGAGCCCAGCGAGGAGCAACGUGCCCUAAGAGCAGCCUGGGACUGCCUGGAAGAGAAGCUGCGACAGUGUAAGGCUGAGCUGGAUACGUAUCUUCCUGCGCCAAUGGACUUUGUUGGGGCGUGGCUUCACCGUAUGGAGGCAGUACUAUCUGAAGAGGGAGGAAAUGCUCAGGACCACGCCUGUGCUGCCAAAGAAGCUAGAGUCAAACAGGAAAAACUCAAGAAUUCAAUGGUUGAGUUGAGCAGCCACCUCAACAUCCUUCACACGUUCUGCAACCAGGCUGAGACCGGUGCUGUACUCGUGCCUGUGGAGAAGUUAGACGAAAUCAAGAGACGUUUCACCAACGCCCGUGUCACGGCUAAGUACCACGGGAUCAAACUGGAAUACCGGGAGCACCGGCACACCGUCCUGGAUCUACUGGCUCGAAUUGGUGCCAAGUUACGCUCCUGGAAAGGGCCCUACAGCUCCCAGGAUGCAGUGCGUCUGCUCCUACAGGACUGGCAUGACACAGUGGAUCGCCAAUGCCUAGUUUCUCAUCUGGUGGAUGCCCUCCAAAAAUUGAAACAGACAGCCAGCACUUACACAAGCAAGGCAGCUCUGGGUGAGGAUGCCCAGCUUGUCAGUAGGCAGGUGAAGGAGGCAGAGAGUGACACGGCCACGAGCACAGAGGAAGUGGCGUUAGUGAAAGGCACCAUGGGACGUGUGUUGAGUACCUGGGAGGCCUACAGCAAGAAUCUCCCCCCACUACAGACGUGGCUGGCUCAGGAGUCCUCUGGGACAGAGGGGACAUCCCAGCAGGUGUCCCAGUGGAGCACCCUGCAGGCCUACCUGAACGAGGUGGGUAACUUCCUCAUCGAGGUCACAGACCCAUCUACCAGCAAAGCCCUGGUAGCUGAACUUAGUAAGCUGAACAUGCAGUGGGCCGCCUACAUGAAGAGGACUAUGUUUGGGGUAUCGAACCAGCCCAGUGCUGGUCCUCUGAGCAUCCAGGCGGUACAGGCUCUGGCCCAAGAGGCAGGCUGGGUGCUGAGGGAGCGCCUAGAGGUGGAGUCUGUCCCACUGAAAGCCUACAAGAAGAGGGUGCAGCUUUUGAGUAAGAAGAUAAUGGAGGUGGAUUUGGAUUCUCUCAGCCCAUCCCAAGACUUCCCUGUGGACAAAGUGGAAAAACUCAGACAUACGCUCCCGGAGGUUUGGCAGGCGCUGGCCAGAGCGGAAAGGACAUGCAGUGAUCUACAGAGGGCCACAUCCAUGUUAGAGGGCCGUUUGGCCGAGCUGAGUCACUGGGGGACCGAAGCCCUGGAGGUUCACCAGCACCUGGAAGAGAGGAAACCUGGAAGAGAGGCCAAAGCACUGAUCUCUCGUGGCCUGCAGCUUGAGGGCCAAGUGGUGACAGAGGGGCAGGACCUGCAAGUCCUGGUGAAGAAAGCACAGACGAACUCCCCUAUUCAGCACCUCAAUGCAGCUGCUUUGGAAGACAGAGUCACAGAAGCGGUUGCUCAUGCUCAGGAAAUGGUGGAGAUGCUUAGCUCCCUGGGGUCAAGGCGAGCUCGGGUCCUGGCGGGGGAUGAGCCACCACCCAAGGUGGUAGUCCGCUGGUACUCACUGCCAGAGACCCAGAGGGGUUCAUUUGCAGCGGCCACAGCCAAGAGCAAGAGUGAUGCCAAGCUUGCAACUCAGACACCCCCACAUCGGCGGCACACAGAGCCCCAUAGCCCACUGCAAGGGGACCGCAUACCCCAGGACAUCCGCCAGCAGACAUCCAUCAUCAAGGCCCUACCACAAAGUCAAUCUCACACUCAGGCCCCAACACAGCCUCAGCCGGUGGGCCUCACUCAAUCUCAGGUUCUGACUCAAAACAAACCUCAAACCCAGCAAACUCAAACUCCCAUUGAACCUCGAGUUCAGCUUCUGGCCCAAGUUGAAACAUACGCCAAACCCAGUGAAACUCAACCUUUGAACCAAAGUCACGAAGAGCAAGAGCAGCAGCCUGUGGGUCAAUCUUUAUACCAUGUUCCCACGGUGUCCCAAACCCAGUCUGAAACAACUCAAAAACAGACCCACAUCCCCAAAUUCAAAGUUAAAGGCCAGCUGAGGACCCAGAACCCUCCUCAUCAGUGUAGCGACCAAGCCUCUCCACACCCACCGUUCAUGGUCCAUAGCGAGAUCUACUCGAAAGCCAAGGCGAUGGCUAGGAGCAGGCUGGAGAAGGCCAAGUUUCGCUUGCAAGAGAACAUCCAGGAAGCCAUCGUACUCUUCAGUGACCGAGAGAUGUCUGACUGGCAAGCCAAGAGAAAAGAGAGGGCGCUGGGUGCUUUGAGGCCCGCCAUCCUGGAGGAGUUCCUGGGGGCCGCUGAGGGUUUGGGGGCCCUCUGCUCUGGGGCCCAGCUCCAAGCCGUGAAGCUACUGUCUCUUUCAGUCAGGAGCCAGUGGGAGGCUGUGCAUUCAGAGAUGACUGCCUUUUUGCCACUCUUGUGGUCUGAGAUCAACGGGGUGCGGUCCCUUAACCCCACUGUUAUGAGAUGUGACAUAUACACAACUAACACUGAGCGAGAUGCCACUGACCCUGAACCUGUGUACAGACAACAGGCAUGUCUACCCUCAGAGGGCAGUGCGACGCUGAGGGGUGCCGAGUGCCUGGAGGCCCUCAGGGAGCUCUGUGAGACUCUGACCCCGGAAAGUUCCCCCAUCACAGCUGCAGUCCAGCGAAGGGAGUCAGGGGGAGGGCAAGGGAGCAUGCUGCUGCAACUGCAGCACGGUGCCACAGUGCCCCCGCAGGACAGUAGGGGGUGCGAGCCUGGAGAUCACACCCUGCUGAGCGAGACUGGCCAGCAGGCUGGCCCACAAAAGCAAAGCCAGGAGCUCCCACAAAAGCAAGCUGGACACUGCUCUCAGGCUCUGGAAGACCAGAGCCAAACCCAACUAAGACAGGACCGCCCACUGCAAGUCCAGGGUCUGCCACUGCAGACCCCGGAACACCCACUCCCAGUCCAAGAUCGCCCAUUGCAUGUCCAGGGCCGCCUACUGCAAGUCCAAGGGGGUCGUUUAAUGCAUGUCCAGAAAAGCCACCAACAAGGCCCAAAUCACACUCAGGUGAUUGUCAGGGGUGAUAGCGUGGAGACCGAGCAGCAGGCACCUGAACGGACAGUCAUCCCGGCCGCCGACACCACCCCCCCACAGGAAGAGGGGUUGUCGACGCAGGAAGUGGUGGAGAGGUACAGAGCUUCCCGUUCAGCCUUCCAUUCACAGCUCCAGAGAAACAGACAGAGUCUGGAAAGAGAGUUUCAGCCUGAGCCAGUCACCACCUCUGCCCUGCACAGCCACAUCAAGGAGCUACAGGCUCUUAAGCAGGAGACUGAGGUGCUCUGGUUUGAGUUUGAGCUGCAGUCCUCCCAGGUGUCCCAGCAGCAGAGUGCAGAGGGAGGGGGACUGGAGGGGGACAGUGAAGGGGCCAAGCUCCUUCAGCAGUGGAGAGGCCAGCAGAUCUGCCUGCAGACCAGAAUGGCUUCUCUGGAAACCACCGUGGAGCUGAUGGAAUCAGCAGACUCUCAGAUAUCACUGAUCUCAGACCAGCUUGACCGCAUCACCAGGCAGCCCAUAGCUAUCUCAGCCUAUGGGAUGACUGAUCCCUGGACUGUGGCUGACUUUAAGGAAAUGGACCAGCGGCUCCACGCGGAGCUGAAAUGCGUGUCGGGGCAGACCUCCGGGGGGGAGGCCCUAGACCCCUCUAUGCCCCCACCCCAGUGGCACCGCCUCCACCAACUGAGACAGACACUAAAGAGGGUGCGCUCUGCCGCCGGGGCCCUUGAUUGCUUUCUAGCCCAGAUACGAGAGGCCGACGCUGGCAUACAGGCUGCGCUGGUUCCCUUGGACCACUGGCAACAUGGAGAUGGUGCGACCCGGGCCCGAGGCAGGCAUUCCGGGCUGCUGUCUAUCCGGCAGAGUGUGAGGAAGUACGGAGAAGAAGCCGGGAGCGUGGAUGGUCUACUGGAGGCAGCCGGAAUGGAGUUGACGAUGGAAGGAGCUGCUGUGACUUGUCGUGACACAGUGGCAGCGUUGUCACGGCGAUUGGAUGAGGCAGACCUCGAGUUGGCCAGAAGCGGAAUUGGGAGGGGACAGAAGCAGAAGGAGGAGGAGCUAAGCCUUAAAGGGAGGGGGAAAGGGGCAGGGCCUGACAUGCAGCGGAGGGGAUUGGAACAAAAGGAGGAGGAUGCGUUCCAAAGAAAUAGGGGGCAGGAACAGGGGGUAGGGCCUAAGGCCCAAAGAAGGAGGGAAGAGGAGGAAUCAUCGGGCCUUAGGAGGAAGGGCCAGGUGGAAGGGAAAGAGGGGGAGGAGAAGAGGAGUUCAGGCCAGAGGAGGAUGGCCCUACUGGUGGUCCUGAGGGAGAUUCAGAGGGCAGUGGAGCAGCAGGGACUGAAGGAGCCAACACUCCCUGCAGUGCAGCACAGGAUGCGUGCAUUGGCAGACCUGGAGGGGCGUCUGGCUGCGCUACGCUCUGAGCUGCAGAGUCUAGAGGCUGCAGACCGUGGUGCUGCGCAGACGACCUCCAACCCCGAGAGGGGCGGAGCCACACAGGAGCUGGAGACAUUGUGGGAGGAGACCCAUAGAGCCAUUACAGAGAGGCUGGAUCGUUGUGGAGGUCUAACAGAAUUACUGAAGAGGUUCCAAAUGGUACACAGUCGUCUAAGCAGCACCUUACAGAGGGCCGAGCGCACCAUCAGUGAACAGGCCUCGUACAUGGGCAAAGACAACCUACAGAGACUCCUCACUAAGGUCCACAGCACCAAGGCAGAGUUGAGUGGUCUCGGGGAGGGAGUGGAGGAGAUGCGAGGCAUCUGCAAGCAGCUGCAGUCUCAGCUGCGCCAAAUCCUUGACUGCCCUGAAACUCCAUUUGAGGGCGAGGCUGACACCCUGAUGGACCGCUGGCUAGAUGUGACAGAGAGGACGGACUCUCACCUGGACAACCUACGCAUGGGGCUGGACCUGUGGGAUGGGCUGCUACAGCUGGGCGGAGAGGUGGAGAGCUGGACCAGCCACAAAAUGGCCCACUUGGUGCAGUCACACCCCUUCCACAGCGAACAAGAAGUCACAGCCAUGCAGGAGGAGAUCCGGGUCCAGGAGGAGAGUGUGGGGCGCUUCCACAGGAGGGCUUCUGAGAUCCAGGUCUUGUUGCAGAGCAAGGAGCCCCCACUGGAGCUUCAGGUGAUCGAGACCCAGAUGAGGAAGAAGAUGGAGCAGGUGAAGGAGCUCUUCUCCGACCUCGAGGAUGUCUACAGGCACCUGGUGGUGGCCAAGGGACAAGUGGCAGCCAAGAUGGCCGAGUGUCACUCCUCUCUUCAGGGCAUCCAGGACUCACUGGACACGCUCAGUGCUGCCGACGGCCCAAAGCUCCUCACACAGAUUCAGGAGCUGUCUGCACAGCUUCAGAUACAGGAAAAGCAGGCGGAGGGCCUCCUGGAGGAGCUGCAUCUCAUGACCUCCGUGGCCAGCCCACAGAGCUUGCAGAGCCUAGCUGCGGAUGGUGUCCGGCUGCACGAGCUUGUCUGCGCAGCCCGUCAGCACAUUAGUGAAAUGAGGGUGCAGGCCCAGAGGGAUAUCAAGGCCUUGCACAGUCUGCAGGAGGAGUUUGCCCGUCUGCAAGAGUGGUUUCAAGCCGCAGUGCUGAAGGUGGACAAAGGGGAGGAGCUUAGCCGCUUGCAGGAGGAAGUAGUCGAACACAGUAAGCACACAGAGGCCCUCAGUGGACACAUAACCACCUUGCAUGGGAGCACCCUAAAGCAUUCCCCCCUACUAAAAGAGAGUGAGCAACUUCUAGAGCGCUGCUGCAGUCUCCACACCCAUCUGCUUUCCUCCAAGGAGAACCAGAGCUCUCUGACCAGCCACACCCAGGCCUUCCAGACUCUGGCCCAGGACACCCAAGCCUGGGUUAGAGACUUGCAACAGCAGGCUGACUCUCUGGCCACUGGAGCCCCAUGCAUCCACAGCCAGGCUGAGCAAAGACUACAAGCUGCAGAGACUGUGUUGAGUGCCAAGGCAGAGGGAGAGUCUCGUAUGGAGAAGCUGAAGGAAGCAGCCCACAGGCUGGCCCACAGACCAGGCCUGGGAGAGAGUCUGAAACUGGACGUCAUGCAGACCGUCAGUUACACAGAGGUGCACUGGGGAGCCGUUCUGCAGUCUGCAGACCAACACCGCAGUCUGCUGCAGGGUGAGCCUGAGCUCUCCUCCUCUCUUCUGGUCCAGAGGCAGCAGGCCUGGUCCAGAGUGAACCAGCUCCAGCACCAGACUACCCAGCUCUCCCUGUUCUUUCCCUGGCCCGGCCUGGCCCAACACAGGCAGGCUGCCCAACAGGCCUGGGCACUACUGGACCAGGCCACAGCCUUGGGGCCGGCCUUCUCUGCCUUGGGGGCCCAGAGAAAGGAGCUAGCCCAGCGCACCAAGGAACCCAAUUGGGAGGACCCUUCCUGGGCUACACUAGAGGAUUGCCAACCCGCCUUGGUCAAAAAGCUCCAUGGUAUGUGUGUGAGUCUUGAGGGAGGCGUCCGUAACGAGGAUCGCUGUGGCCAGCUGGUGCAGGAGUGCCGGCACACCUUGAACUCACUGCAGGAACGGAUGCUGGGUAUUGAGUCCCAGCCCAGAGACUCUAGUUUCCUGGAGACUGAUACAGGGGCUGUGGAGGCUUUGCAGGAGGCCGUGGGCCACAUGGAGAAAGACUUUGUGGAGCUCGAGACUCUUAAGGACAUCCUGCUUGCCAGCUGCACCGCCAAGGGUCAGGCCACUCUGUCUCAAGAGGUCAAAGAUCUCCAGGACCAGAAGGAGGAGUUAGAGAGGGGCGUCAGCUGGCUGGCUCAACUACAGGCUGAGGAGCAGGUAGCCCGACGAGACCAGCGAAUCAGGGAGGAGGUUGACAACCUUCAGAGGGCCCUACAAGUCUCGGCUGACCGUUUGGGGAACGACCCAGAAACGACUGAAGGAUUCACUGAUAUUAGGCAGCUCCAGCAGCGCUGGCAUGUCCUACAGGACUGUGACCAAAGCCUGAGGAAGCUUGCGGCACAGCUUCAUCACCUGGAGAAAGCAGUAGGGUCAGAGGACACAUAUGGAGAAUUUCAAAACAAUGUGACUUUGGCUGUGGAUUCAGUGGCCAAAGACUUAGACAGCCUGUGUUUCUCUCUACAUGAACGAAUGCAGCUUUUUUCAGGCGGUACAGCCCUUAGAAUAUCUGGGGCGAUCUGUGAACUGCAGCAGUGGAACCAGGCAGCACAGUCAAAUCCCCGAAAGUCUGUACAGGCUACACUAAACAAUGGGAAGCAACUCCAAGGGACGCUACGUGAGGCGCUGUCACAGCUAGACUUCCUAUUGGACUGUGUUGGAAGGGAGCGCGUGGAGCAGUUCGAGAGAAGGGCUGGACAGGCCCUUAGCAACAGUGCAGCUCUCCUCACAGCCCUAGCCCAAUCCCAGGUGUCCCUAGUGAGCACAGAGGUGGAUGGAGACAAUAAGAUACCAAGCAACACACCUGGCAAAGCGCCAUCUUGCAGCGAGGCAUCCCUUUUGUCACAACCUGUAGAGAAAGUGACUCCAGGAGGGAUCAAACCUCUUCAGGCUAAUAUUGACUCAACAAAAGAUCCGGAGAAAGAGCAGGCUGAAAGCAGAGUGCAAAGCAAAAGAGCCGUUACCAGAGGAACAAUGGAUGCUGUUAAAGAACCGACCAAGAAAGUGAUGAGCGACACUGAACAAAGAGCAGAGGACAAAGAAUAUGGCAGAGACUCAUUGAAGGACUGGAGCAUCCAGCCAGCAGAGAGAAUGGUCACAGGCAUGGAGGAUGGGGAGAGUCAAAUACAAAUUCCCAUGGGAGAAACCUUAACCCAAACUCCCAUCACCAGCGUUGAUAUCUCUGCCACUGUGGUGGUGCCAGAGACCCCGGGCACUAGCCAAUGUGGGGAUACUGUAACAGAGAUAACACCUCACCAUAUAGAACCAAUGGAUCAAAAGGGAACCUCAUCUCCGACUGCGCACAAAGUGUUCACCAUCAUUCUGGACACAGACCUCGAACGACAACAACUUGAUGGCAUGGCUAUGGCCAACGCUCUCCAAAGCAGACCAGGUUACGAUGGCAACAAUGAUAUUGUACAUACAGACUCGCCUCAACAUGGCGACAGUGAGAUUCCAGUUACUGAGUCACAUGACUAUGCAAACACUGCGGUUGUAUGCUCUGGAUCGGUCGGAGGAGGUCAAGAGUCUUCAGUACCAGAUAAAGGCGCUCAACUCACUUACACUUUUGCUGUUGUCAAACAGAGUGACCAGGCAAAACAAGAUUUGACUGAGCCUCCCCAAAAAGUGGCCACCAUUUUCUUGAACACAGCUGUUGCACCUGCUGGGAAAGUUCUUGUUCAGGAAGCUGAGACUCUACAUCGUGAAGUCACUUCCUUGACCAAAGCUGAAUUGGGCAUUAAAAGCAGUGUGGGGCUAGGGACAGAUCCACAGUCGGACCCUGUAACACAUCUCAUGCUGCAUCCAGAAAAAAAGCAGCUAGAGACGCAUGCAAGACCCACAGGCAAAUCACAGUCAGAUAACAAAACACAACGUACAGAGUCUAGAGACUGCACUGAGACAAAGAAAGUAUUUACAAUUGUUUUGGACAUGGAGCAACCUCCGUCUCAGUCCAAGGACAUUAAAACCAGGGAGCCUCCUUGUGGUAACGGCUCAGAUACAUUUUGCUCUGGUGACUUUCCUUCAAAACUGACUGAUAGUUCUGUCACUGGGAACACCAAGAAUACAGAUGGCGGGCGGCGCGUCAAGUCAAAACACAGGGGGCGGAGGAGGGCUGAGUUUAGGAGCUCAGCGUCCAAGGGCCCCAAAGUGAAGAGUUCCAAGGGCCCCUCUGCUUCAAAGAACACGGAAUCAGAGUGGGAGCAAUCGCAGGGCCCCAAAACAAAAGGUCUGAAAUCAAAAGGCCCCGAAUCAGGGCUCACAGAGUCUAAGUCCGCUGAAUUGGCGCACACCGAAUCCGAGUCACAGAGACACACUGAUAACUCGGAGAACACUGAACCAGGAAGUGUUGAUGAUGAUGUAGACACAGACGCUAAAGAUGCCAGACAGACAGAAAUGACAGCCAGCCAAAUAGCUGUAAACACAGGAGCCUCAGACAUCACCUGUACUGCAGACAGCAAAGAUAACAGACAGACUGUGAGCAAAGACACUGGAAACAUAGACACUGACAUGCUACAGGUGAAUGAUCUCACACAGACAGAUGUCUGUCAGACAGAUGCCACAAGAAACAAUACACAGUUGUCAUGCGCACCUUCACCAGCAUAUGUAGCCACAGAGACUGGGCCCAGAGAGGGGACAGAAAGGACAGCUCCACAGGAACAGAUGCAGGGGGGGAAUGAAGUCAAGAGGAGGACCUCGGUCCAGACUGGGGGGUUGCUAUCCGAUGCCGUGGCGAAGGAGGAGAAAGUUGGAGGAGCGGUGUGCCCGGAGGUCCUGUGCCACAGGUCCACUAUGCAAGGCAUCCUCUCUAAGGUCCAAGGGUUGGUGGAGAGGAAGGACAUCAUCACGGGAGGCCAGUGGAUGGAUGCGGCUUGGUACCUGCAGCCUUCGCCCAGAAAGCCAGAGAUCCAAAUAGGGCGCACUGUCCUCAGGGUUCUAGGAUGCCGCUACCAGCCAGCCCAGCUCAACCUUGCCAACAUGGCCCGGCAACUGGCGGAGGCUGAGGACUGCAGACGCUACGUGCUUGAGCAGGUGGCUGCGAUAAACCAUGUGGUCGGUGACCCAGAGGACGCAACAAAUCUGGAGGGGCGAUGGAGUGCAGCCCUGUUGGAUGCCUCGGCCACAGUUCAGGUCAAAGAGGCUCAGCUCCACCUGGUCACACAGUACCACAGGCAGACUCAGGCCAUCCGGAGCAUUCUGGAGAGAUGGACAAGCGAUAUGGAUGAGCUACAAUUGGACACUCGAAGCAGUGCGCUUCAGGCUGAAAAACUACAUACUCUGUUAUGUAACAUUGAACAGCAGAAGGGCAUGAUGGGGGAGCUGCUCCAGGUGUGUUGCCAGGUGUCUGCCCACCUGAGUGAAGUCGAGGGGUCAGGGGCACUCCUCGCUCAGCUAGGAGAUCUGCAGGAGGAGUGGAGGCUUUUGGAGGGGACCGGGAAUAGAGGCCUGAGGCAUGCCUCAAUUGGUUCUUCUCAGUCCUCUAUCCUUCUACAAAAGGCUGAGCAGCUGCAUUGCAAGCUUGAGACUCUUCAGAAGUCCAUCACCCUCUUACAGUCCUCUCAAUUGCAGCAUGACACUCACAAAGCUUUAGAGCUGACCUUUAUUACUGCUGACUUGAAAGCCUUCAACCAGCAGUACCUACACCUGCUUGGGCAAUCAGAGGAUUUUACACAAUUUUCUCUUGGGCAGAAGGAGAAGGAGGAUGUGGAGUGUACUCUUCAGAGCUUGAGCUCCUUACUUGCCUCCACUCAGAGGUUGCUCUCUGCUCAGUCAUACUCUAUAGCAAAACCCUCCUUGGCUAAAAUCAUCAAGCAAAUGCAGGACUUGAUUAUCUGGGCCAAGCAGGCGGAAAACCACAUCUCAGCAGGUGAAAAGUUAGCCCUCUUCCCUGAAGAGGCCCGUCUCCAAAUUGCCAGCAUGAGGAAGCUUCAAUCUGAGAUUUUGGCAAGGCGUUCCAGGGUGCACUACAAAGUUGAGGACCUGAAAGAACUGAUGUCGGAUGAGGGGGAAAUUGACAAAGUGCUGUCAUCAAUGAAGACCUUGAAGGACCUCUACGAAACAGUCUCAGAUAACUCUGCUCAUAUUCUGAAGGAAAUGGAGGCUGUUUUGGAGGAAAGAGAGAAGAUGCUGGUCCAGAUCUCAAAAGUGAACACCUGGCUAGCAGUGGCACACCAUGAGAGAGAGGUCACUGCAGAUGUAGAGAAUGUGUCCAAAGACACCAUCCCAGAUCUGGAAAGCAAGCUGCAGUUUCACAUGGGUGCCAUCAAGGAAGCAGAAAGACAGCUGGCAGUCACGGAUGCCCUUUUGGAGACCUGCAUGGAGGUCUCUUCGGGGUUGAGUCCAGCAGAGAGCCACUUUCUUGUCAACAGGCUCACAGGCCUCCGGACCGAGGUGGACAGAAUGGUGGCCCACGAGAAAGCAGCCCAAUGGGAGUUGGAGGAACUGCUUCACACCCGGACUUCUUCGGCCGAGGAACUGGCGGCUGUCCAGAUGAGCGUGCAACAGAUAUGGGCCGACCUGGAGAGGCAGAGGUUCCCAGUGACAAAGGACUCCCUAUCUGCCAUAGAGCCCUUGACACACAUGCUCCUGGAGCACCAAUGUCAGAUCCAGGAACUCCAGUACUGCCAAGAGGACCAGAAAAGUGCCCUCUUGCGUACCAUUGGCGAACUGCAGGAGAAGGUGAAAACUCUCCACCACCACGCCAUGGAACACGAGAAGUACCUGACCUACCGGCAGCGCAUGGAAAACUCCAGGGAGGUGGCAAAGGAGCGUGCUCAGUGCUCCAAAGACAAGAGAGUCAGCGUGGGGGAAAGAUUCAGUCUUUGCCAGGCUCUCCUGGUGGAACUUCCGCUGGUGAAGACCCAGUGCCAGGAUGCUUCCGACCAGCUUGAGGCCAUCGCCCAAGACCUGCACCUAUCGGAUAGAAUGUUGCUCCUGUCGGAGAGGCAGAGGAUCCGGCAAACUGUUGAAAACCUAGCCUCCUGGGAGCUUGCCAUCACUGACGACGUCAAAAACCUAGAGGGAAAGCUUCUGGAGGGUCUCAGAUUCUGCACUGAGCUUCCUGCCAUGAUGGACCUUCUUCAACAGGUCAGGCAGGAGCUGACGGAAUUUGACCCGGUGAAGCCAGACGUGAGGGCCAUCAACAUAGCGCUGCGGAGGUGCUGGGUAAUCUGGAGGAACGUAGAGUCUGUAAUGCGGGUGUUGGAAGCUUUGAGGCAGAGCGAGCAAGUGGAGAUGAGCCAGUGUGCGGAGCUGCACACCCUGAGGAAUGACAUUGUGCAGAAGUGCCACGCAUAUAUGGAGAAUUUGUCCCAUGCUCGGGAAGCCCUGAAGGAUUACCACUGGGCUGCCCAAGGAGUGGUAACCUUCCUCCUCGAAGCCGAGGCCAUGUUCCUGGCACCUCCAGGCGGAUUUGUGGACUGCACAGAGGAGCAAUGGCACACCCAAGAGCCCCAAGCCUCCCUGGGGGAGAGCCUCCAGGCGCAAAUCAGCCAUUUCCUGGAGCUGGCACCCCAGCAGGCCUGUCUCUCUUUCCCCCAGAGCGAACAGCUCCACAUCCAGGUCUUGAGCCACCUUUUGGUGGAGAGGGCCACACUCGAGGCCCAGGUUGAGCUCAGGACAGAGGCCUUGCAGAGGUGUGCAGACAGACAAAGCCUCCACAAGAAGUGUCAUGAGGAGGUAUGGCAUAUCCUGAAGAAAAACGAAUCAAGGCUCUCCGAGUGUGCCACCCAGGAAGUGACAUCCUACGCCAACUGUGCUGACCAACAGGAUAGAGCCAAGACCCUGUCGGAGGAGGUGCUGUCUAUAGCUGGCAAGCUGGAGGAGCUGAGGGUGGUGUGCCCACUGCGGGGGUGCUGUGUGGGCUCCGAGGGGGCACAGGGUGCCCUCUGGAGGCGCUGGGCGGCACUGCGGUGCGGCAUCAGCCUCCUGCGGACACGCUUGGAGCAGAGAGGGGCGGAGUGGAGGGACGUCACCAAGAGCAUGGCUCGAUGCAGCAGUGCUCUGGACAAGCUGCAGGGUGAGCUGUCGGACCCCACUGCAGUAUGCUCCGGUCAGGGGGCCCCGAUGGUUCUGUUAGAGCAGACGGAGCAGCACCAGGCUGGACUAGAGCGGGAGCAGCGAAUCCUGGCCUCCCUGGAGCUCCGGCUCUCCCAGCUCCUGGGUGUGUCCAGCCCUCAGGAGGCAGCUAGCCCUGUCCCAGUCUGCCAACGGCUGAGGGACAUGCAGGAGCGCUUUAGGAGCCUGAGAGAGCGGAGCAUGCUGGUCCGGAGCACGGCACUUUCAGAGGAGCAGGAGAGGGAGCGCUUGCAAGAGCAGAUCGGAGAGGUGGAGCAGCGAGUGGCUACCCUGCUCUCCAUUCUGGUGUCCCACCCCAGCACACGCCAACUCAAGGAGGUCAGAGUGGAGUUGGGUUCCCUGAGGGCCAGGUUACAGUCCAUCAUGGAGUGUGUUGGGACAAAGUAUGCCGCUGUUACACCUCCGGAGGUGGAGAGACAGCUGCAGGAAGUCACUGGCUCUCUGCAGGACAUGGAGGAGAAGGUUGGCCAAGCCCUGGAGAAGAGCAGCCCACUCAAUAGGCUGAGUAGCAAAAUGGGGGAGAUCCGUGUCGGGCUAGAAGAGGUCCAGACAUUGCUGCAGCGGAAGAGCUCCUCUGUGUCCGAGGCUGAACAUGUGCUAAAGUUCGUAUGGGACCAGCUGGACCAGUGGCACGGCCGGCUGGCCCUCCUGGAGGGCGAGGUGCAGGAGGCAGCCGAGGAGGAGCCGGAGCAGGCCCAACUCCUCAUGGACCAGAUCAUCCAGCCACUUCAGCUCUACCAGGACACGGCCCAGAAGGCUGAGCAGCGCACUGCCUUCCUCCGCAAGAUCCCUGCCUGCCUCCAGGAGUAUAACGAUAUAAUCCAUCGUGCUGGCUGCUGGCUAGAAGAAUCCCAGUCCUGGCUAGACGCUCCCGGCACCUACACCACAGCCAGGAGCCUCCAGAGCCAGACCAACACACUGCAGAUGGUGCUGGAUGACUCGGAGCGUAUCCGGGCCACGCUGGUGGGCUUUGGACCUGUAUUGGUGGAGAUCUCUGCUGUAUGUCACACCACUGCUAUGGAGGAUAAGCUAGUCCAGACCGAACGCCAAGUCACCGCCAUGCAGCAUAACAUCAUGGGGCCAUUGGACCAGCUGCUGCACGUCACUCCGGAAGUGGAUGCCAUUGAAGCAGAGGUGAAGACGAUGGAGAAAAAUGUGACCAAGAUCAGAGCUAUUUUAUCCUCCACUGACACAUUGGACAUCUCACUUGAAGAACACCUCCACAACCGGCAGGUAAUCCUGGCCAACAUCCAGUCUAUGCAGAGGACAGUGGGGGAGAUCGAGGGCUGUAAGGCUGAACUUGGGCUACCUCAGGGGGCAGAAGAGACACUGAGUGCCUUCCCCAGAGCUGUGCUACUCCUACAGCCCCUCCAAGAGUUGGAACAGCUGACACAGGAGCAGAGUAGAGCGUUGGAGGGCAACAUGCGUGAAGUGAGGGAGGCUGAGGGGGUCAUCCCAUCAUGCAAUGUGUGUGUGACAACAGAACCCAGUGCCCUUAUCUUAAUAAGUUCACAUCAACGGAAUACAGGUCCACCGCGGAUCACCGGACAUCAGGAGGAUGCCUUAGAAGCAUGCCUCUCUGAGGAAGAGGAGGAAUACGAGGAUGAAGAUCAUCACUCAUCAUCCUCUGACACACUCACAUGCAGUUUUCCUGAGGACCCAGACGAGACUCUUAGCCACCAGGAGCUGGCAGAAUCAGUGGCUACAUCCACACACUGGCUCCAGGAUAGUGACGCUAUGUCUGAAGCCCACAUCGGCGAUGUCACUAAGGAGUUGGACACCCCGGAGUCUUGUGUAGACCCAGAAGACACUAAUUCUGGUUUAAUAUCUGAGAAGAUCCAACCAACACCUGAAAAAACAGACCGAGCACCUGCAGACACCCUGUCAUUACCGGCUCAGUGGAAACCCAUCUCCAAGACCACUAUAUCAGAAAACAAGCCGACAGAAUCAGUCAGUAAAGACAUUAACAAGGAGACUUUGUCAGUCACCGAGAAGUCUGAAUUAGUAACCAAGGCAACUGUCUCAUUACCUGAAACUAGUUCAGUGACCAUGGAGACUGGACCAGCAUCUGUAAAAAGUGUCUUGGCAACCAAAGAAACUGGAGAAGUACCUGUGAAGAUUGGAUCAGUAACCAAAGAGAUACAAUCAGUACCUGAGACUACUUCUGUAACAAAGAUGACUGGGUCAGUAACCAAGGAAAUUGGGACAGUUGCCAAUGGUCUGUUGCCAAAUACACCCAGCGACCCCCAGGAAGACCUGGAUGGGAGAUGGGACCUCCUUCACACUCGGCUGUCUGAGAAACUCAACACCUUGAGGAAUAUUCAGGAGGAGGAUCUACAUGCGGCUACAGGGUCAAAGGCAGAGGGGACCGGCGGUGGCUUUGGUGGUCUGAGAGAGAUAGAGGUGUGUGCUGCAAGCCUUAGACAACUCAGACACAGAGCAAGUGGCCUUUCCUCUGCCAAUUCAAAGGAAGGUGGCUAUCCCAUGUUGGAUAGAGAGCUCUACACAGCUCUGUGUGGAGUGGAGCAUUCUCUGGAAACACUCACUGGCCUGUUGCCCAGUCCCUCUAGUACCACAGUGGAGGACAGUCAACUAAGACUGCUACAGAUGGAGUGCCUCUCAGUGGAGCUGCCAGCCUUGAGUGAGGAGUUGAACAAUUUAAGGUCAGGCAUCAACCCAGACCAGUUGUCUGAAGCACCAGAGACCACAGCCCAGUGUGUGACCUGUCUUCAGGGUUGUUUUCAAACAGCCCAGUCAGCCCUCACCUCCUCACUGAGCCGGCUACACACAGAACUGGGCCACCAUCAGGCAGGGACGGAGCAACAGGAGAGCCACGUGUGCGUGUAUGAUGAUUUUGAACGUGGACAGAGUGACCCAUUCACACACAUCAAGGAUGUCCCCAUGCUGGAGUAUGUCGUUGGUCGGUGUCCCGAGGAUGCAGUGGAGCUGCAGCGGGUGUCCCAGGCCCUGCUGCAGGGUUUGGCCAGUCUCGUGGAGCUAGGCAGAGAGCGUCUGGCAGACAGUCAGGACCACCCACCGCACAGCCGCACCCAGCUGCAGACUCUGCUCAGCAGGCACAAGAAGUUGUACCAGGUUAUGGAAUCCCAGCUGGCAUUGGUUCAGCGGCUGUUCCAGUGUGAGCCACAGGGGGGGCUGGUUGGUCAGGAGGAUGAACAGGUCCGGCUGGAGCAACAGGUCACCACUCUGCAGCAACAAGCUCUGGAGCAGGGAGCCACCAUGCACAGAAGGCUGCAGGUCUGGACACAGUGGGAGCAGGGUUGUGUUCAGCUGGGCCGGCAGCUGGAGGAGCUGGAAGCCCUCAUCCCCUGCGAGGAUCUGGUGGAGGAAGAGGAGGGGCUACUACAGGAAAGACUGGACACCUGUCAGCGAGUGCUGGCCCUGUUGGAGGAGUGCAGGCCUGCCCUGGGCUCAGUCCUGGACCAGGGGAAGGCUCUGCAGGCCUGGGGAUGCAGUACCGGGGUCGGCGGCACAGGAGGCGUACUGGAGCUGCGCUGGCGGGCUGUUCGCAGCAAGGCAGAGCAGGAGAGCCAACGCAGCCGCGACAUAAGGGACAACUGGACCAGGUUCCACAACGACUCUGUUUCGCUCACUGGAUGGAUGGGCAGUGUUAAAGAACGCCUGAAGACAUGGAGAAGUCUGCCCGACGCCACACCUCAAAACGAGGCGCUCACCCGUACUUACCUCAUCCAACUACUGGAGUUUUCAGUGGAGCUGGAAACCAGAUCCGCUGAAAAGGCCUCUGCGCUCAGGGCGGGCACAUUGCUACUGCAGCUGAAGGAGGCUGAUGCACCGGGGCUGCGCAGACAGCUAGCGCAGCUGGAGCAAACUUGGACCGAAGUCACGUCUGCACUUCCCAUAGCCCAGGAGAGACUGCACCAGCUCCUGCUGGAGAAGUGGCCACCAUGCCAGGUAUUGUCAGGCCUGGAGGCGUGGGUGAAGGACAAAGAAGCCAGGCUGGAAGAUCAGGGACAGGCCACCAUCAAGGCCUGCCAUGACGCAGAUCAGCUCAGACACAUAAUCCAAUACUACAAGGGGUGCCAGGCAGGCAAUGCCAGCGGGCAACUCACCCUGGAUUUCCUGUGCCAGUCCGGACCGCAGUCAGUGGCAGCGUCGGAUAACUCUGUCAGCUGCUCCGAGGAGCGCACACUCUUUGCCGAGCGAAUGGGUGCCCUCAACUUAAGCUGGCUCCUCCUAGAAGGGAAGCUGGGCAGUCAAGUGCACCAGUCUGAGGAGCUGUUCCGCAUCUGCGCAGAAAGAGAGAAGCGACUGCGACGGGUGCUCAGCUGGGCUGCGGGGCUGAGAGAGAGGCUGAGGGAGUGGCAGAGACCUGUCAGUCAGACUCAGGUGGACAAGGCCCUGCAGGAGUGGGAGGUUGUGGAGGAGAAACUGAAAGACGUGUGUGUGGAGGUCGAGGAUCUGGUCCGCGACACCUGGUCUGCAGACACAGUCACCCAGGUCUGCACAGACUUAAACCAACAGGUUCGGAGCCUGAGGCCUGAUCUCAAGCAGGUUCUGGUUCAGUGGGGCCAGUUUGAGAAGGAGCUGGGUGAUGUUUCAUUCUACACCACUAAGCUGCGCUGUGGUCUGGAACACAGCAGUGGACCCUUCCUCUCCUACCACCAGGUCAAAAGGCAUGUGGAGCAGCUACAGUGCCUCCAGGAGGAGGCUGGGAUGGGGGCGGAGAUGUGGACUGCUCUGGACCAGUCGUACGCAGGCUUGUCGGACACUAUCAGUCCUGGAGCAGCCCAACUCCUUAUUGAGAGACUUGAGGAGGAGAGAACACAGUGGAAGGCGCUAGUGCAGGAGGUGGAUGAGGAGCUGCUGAGAACUGGGGAUCUGCUGUCGUUCUGGGGGGAGUACAACCGUCGGUACGACCAAUGCUCCGUCCGCCUGCAACACCACCAGGAACAGUGGGGGGCGCUGCUCAGCUUCCUGUCGACACCAUGCCACUCCACACAGGACCUGGUCGAUGCCAUCAAGCAUCAGCAGGUUGGCUUUGAGGAUGUUCAAGGCAGUCUGGGCGAAGUCCUGGAAGCCUCCAAGCCUCUGAUUGGACAGGCGGAGCCACUUGUCGCCGCCAUCGUUCAAUCAAAGUCCAUGUUGUUGUCACGUGACCUGGUGCUGCUGGGCCAGGCGUUGUCAGGGAAACGUGCACGGCUUCAGGAGGAUUUGGAUCAGCGCCACUCAAUUAGCACUAGUAUGGAUUCACUGGAGCUGCAGACCGAGGCUUUGCGUCACAUGCUCACUUCUGAUGUCUGCAGCAUGGACAGUGUGAAGUCUGCUCUGAUGGCGCUGAGCCAUCUGCAGCCUGCCCUGGAUGACCUCAGUGAGGCAAGCCUUUCUGUGACCCUGGAUGGCCUGGAAGCAGAUAGACUGAAGUCCCUGACCAGGAAGUGGGCGCAGGCCCUCUACUGCGCCUCCCAUAUGAACAGAACAUUUCAAGCUGAGGCCCAGCACUCCCAGAGCCUUCAACAGAAGUGGGACAGCUGGGAGGGCUUCCAGGAGAAGAUGGAGGAGGACUUGGCCCCAGACGUUUCUGGAAACUACUCCGGCCUCCGUGAGCAACUGGCAAUCCAUCAGAGACUCCGGAUUGAAGUAUUGGCUGGGCACCAACUCUUGAGAGGGGUGAUCGUCAUCUCAAUGAGGUCAAUUGAAGACACACCAGAGGAGAAAAGCAGGCCUGACCUCACCCUAAAGCUCGCCCACAUGAGAGAGCGAUGGCAGCGGAUUGUUAGUGUGGCACAGCAGCGAAGUAGCCUGGUGCAGGAACGGCUGGGCCAGUGGCGGUUCUACACCCGGGGUGUGAGGAGGCUAGGGGGGCUGCUGAGAGAUGUGGAGACCUUACUUCCUUCUGCUGCUCAGGCCCUCUGCACUCUGCAGCAGCUACCAUGUUCCCUGGAGGACUUGGGGCGUGCUGAAGAGACUCUCGCCCAACACAACGGCUUCUACAGACACACUCUAGAGACAGGCAGGCUGCUAUCCUCCAUGGCAGAGCUACAGACACAGGCCCAGCUACAGACAGAGUUACAGACCUUGCAGGAGUCCUGGGACCACGCCAGGCAGCUACUGGGAGAAAGGAGAAUCCUGCUAGAAACUGUUGUUCAGAAUUGGGGCCACUUUCAAGUCAGACUAGUCGACAGCGCACACAAACUGGACGAGCUCAGGGACAGGCUGAAGCAACCGCUGCCAGAGAGGCUGGAGGAGCUACAGGGUGAAGAGAAGCUCACAGAGGAGAACGAGGCCUCUCUGGAGUUGUGGGCUGGUGGAGUGAAGGAGUUGUCCACCAUGAAGACGGAUCUGUCCCAGUACAUCUUGGCCGGGGAUGCUACCCUACUACAAGGACAGGUGGAGCAGCUGCACUGCCAGUGGGAGGAACUCUGUCUAAAGGUAUCCCUACGCAGGCAGGAGAUCGCCGACCGGCUCAGUGCCUGGACCAUCUUCAACGACAAGAACAAGGAGCUGUGCGACUGGCUGACCCAGAUGGAGAACAAGGUGUCGCACAGCGGAGACCUCAGCCUCGAGGAGAUGGUGGAGAAACUGAAGAAGGACUGUAUGGAGGAGAUCAACCUGUUCAGUGAGAACAAAAGCCACCUCAAGAAGCUGGGGGAGCAGCUGAUGCUGGCCAGCGACCAGGCCAAGCAGGCCCAGCUCCACGGCACCCUGAGGGACGCCAGGGACCGUUGGCAGCACCUCUUCCACCACAUAGAGGCCAGGGUGAGGAAGCUGAAGGAGACCCUGGGUAUGGUGCAGCAGCUGGACAAGAACAUGAGCAACCUGCGAUCAUGGCUGUCCCGCAUCGAGACCCAGCUGGCCAAGCCCGUCACCUACAACGUGUGUCACCAUGAGGAGAUCCAGAGACGGCUUGCCCAACAGCAGGAGCUGCAGAGGGACAUCGAGCAGCACACGGAGGGCGUGGCGUCCGUCUUGAGGUUGUGCGACAUCCUGCUGCACGACCAGGAUGCGUGUGGUGGCGGCGGCGACGGCGAGAAUGACUCCAUCCAGCAGACCACCUGCAGCCUAGACCAGCGCUGGAAGGCCAUCUGUGCCAUGUCCCUGGAGAGGAGGCUCAGGAUCGAGGAGACCUGGAGGCUGUGGUGUAAGUUCCUGGAUGACUACUCGUGCUUUGAGGACUGGCUGAAGUUGGCCGAACGCACGGCAGCCAACCCCAACUCUGACAACGUUCCGUACACAGUCGCCAAGGAGGAGCUCAAGAAGUUUGAGGGCUUCCAGAGGCAGGUGCAGGAGCGUAUGACCCAGCUGGAGCUGGUCAACAACCAGUACCGCAGGCUGGCCCGGGAGAACCGCACAGACGGCGCCAGCCGCAUCAAGGUUAUGGUCCAUGAGGGCAACUGCCGCUGGGAUACACUGCACAGGAGGACGGCGGCCAUCUUACGCAGGCUAAAGCAUUUUACGGGGCAGAGAGAGGAGUUUGAGGGGACCAGGGAGAACCUGCUGGUGUGGCUGACGGAGAUGGACCUGCAGCUCACCAACGUGGAGCACUUUUCUGAGACAGACACGCAGCACAAGAUGAAGCAGCUCAACUCCUUCCAGAGGGAGAUCACCCUCAACACGGAGCGCAUCGACGGGCUGAUUGUGUUCGGCGAGGGCCUGAUCCAGAGGAGCUCUCCGCUGGACGCCGCUCUCAUCGAGGACGAGCUAGAGGAGCUACACUCCUACUGUCAGGAGGUGUUUGGCAGGGUGGUCCGCUUCCACCAGCGCCUCACGCAGCCACCGGUGUUGAAGGAGGAACCGGAGCUCUUCAGCGGGGACAAGCCCCUGGUGGGGAGCUGCGAGCUGAUUGGCCGUUCCUGGCUGGGGCGGAGCCAGAGUCAGGGGAGUGCCCCUGCCACACCCACCCACCUGUUGGCCCCUCCCCUGGAGUGUUCGGGCCGGGAGACACCCGUGAGCGUGUGCGACUCCAUCCCUCUGGAAUGGGACCACACGGGAGACGUAGGAGGAUCUUCGUCCCACGAGGAGGAGGAGGUUGAGAAGAAAGACGGGACCUACUACAGUACUCUGUCAGAGGUGGAGGUUACAGAGAGUCCAGAGGACUUUGUGAAAGCCACGGCUCUCUCACUGGGAGCUGAUCCCUCUGUUCCACUCAGAUCCAUGGCCAUACCCGAAUCUCCAAGUUGGCGCUCACCAGGCGACCCGGACAGGGAAUCCCUCCACCUGGACUCUCCUGACGGCCUGGACCCCUCACCUACACACACUAGCACUCCCUUCAAACAAGGCUACAUGCGUCUGAUGUCAGAGUGCAGUGGUAGCAUCAAAAGUGUCAAAAGGGUCUCCCUGAUCCUGGAUGAUGAGGAGCAGCCAGAGGAACAGGGCCUCACUGGCCUGACGACCGCUGACAAACAAUCAGGGGUGAUCGAGCGCUGGGAGCUGCUGCAGGCUCAGGCCAGGAGCAACCUGCUGUCUGGAAUGCGGGAGCCUUGCCAGUUGACCUCUGACCUGCGUGACAUCACUUCCUGGCUGGGGUGGGUAACGCCAGAGCUGGAGAGAGUGCAGGUUCCUGAGACCCCCACCAGCAUCCAAGACAUGGAGGCUAGGGUCAAACAACUCAAGGAGAUGCAGAAGGUAUUUGCUCACUACAAGGCCGUCAUGCUGUCGCUUAAUCUGGGCGGUCGCGAGUUGGGGGGGUGUGACGGUCCGGAGGCCCGGGAGCUAGGGGAGGGCCUGGCUAGUAUGAACCAGGGCUGGAUGCUGGCCUGCACUGGCCUGGAGGAGUGGCAGGACAGUCUGCGUACCACUGUCAUGCGAUGUCAGGAGUUCCACGAGACGCUGCACUCCCUGCUGCUGUGGCUGGCCCAUGCCGAGAGCAGGCGCUACGCCGUCGACAUCCACCACCCGGACACGCCGCCAGGCAUGCUGUUGGAGCACCGCAACACACUCACUGGCCUGCAGAAUGAGUUGCGGGCGAGACAGAGCCAGGUGGGCUCGCUCCAGGGGCUGUGGGGCCAGCUGCAGCCAGCGGAGGAGGAGAGCAUAGAGGCUCAGGAGAAGCUCCACGUGACAGCCAACAAACUGUGGACACUGCUCCGCCAGGUGGCCCACGACCUCAGCGUCGUGCAGGAGCGCCUGGACUGUGGGACUCUAUCUGCAGGUCCGGCUGCAAGUGAGGGCAGAGGGCAGGCGGAGGGCAGUCAGUCCCCGUCUAAUGCCAGUCAAGAGGAGAGCACCAAUACCACACCAACCUCAGCUGGCAGAAGGGGGGAGAAGAAGGACCCAACCCCACCUCGGUCCUUCUUCUACCGCGUGCUGCGAGCCGCCUUCCCCCUACACCUCCUCCUCCUCCUGGUCCUAGUGCUGGCCUGCCUGGUGCCCCUGGCUGAGAACGACCACAGCUGCACACUGUCCAACAACUUUGCCCGCUCCUUCUACCCCAUGUUGCGCUACACCAAUGGCCCACCACCCACCUGAUACAAACACACACACUGAUAUGCGUGGCCUGCUUCCAAAGCUAACCCAUCGAUACUCUCUGCUUAAGAGCUGGAGAGAGGACAUUGUUACGGUCCCAAAAUUGUAUUCUAAAUAUCUAUAUUUAUAGAUUUGAAAUUAUAAUUAAUUUAUUCCCUUAAAAGCCAUACCGAUGUUCAAUUUCCAUCAAACAAUUGAUGUGAUCCACCCAUUUGGCACUCUUGCCGCUAACGUCACUAGCAAGUACUGUAUUUCAAAGGAGACUUGUUUUUGUGAGGUUGUGUUCUGCUUGUAAAGAUUUCUAUCAUAAUGAUUUGCCCUUCAAGCCAUGUAUUGAAGUAGCAGUCUGUUGUAGGACCUAUCCAGUCCACAACAACUUUAUAUUGAUGUUCUUUCAGAAUAAUGUCACCUGCACUCAUUCAAAAAUGCCUUCUGUAAGCGUCUACUAUUCAAAUGGUCAAAUUUUGCGACCCUUUGACUUGGCUGUGCGAGUGAAAUGUUUAGUUGGUCGCACUGGUUUGAGCUGCACAUUCUACCUGGUCGCCUCAAUCAAAACGUGCAAUUUUUUGGAGGCGGAUAAAUCCAAUGAAUUUGUUAGAGUACAUUAUCCUCAUGAUUCCUGCCGCUGUGCCUGCCUGUUUCGCUGGGACCGGCUGCAAUAAUGAGUCUCUCACACUCUUCUCCCCUCUCGUGAUUGUAUAACAUUUAAAAAAACAACACUUUGGAAGUAACUAGUCUCAGCUUUCUGUAGGUAUAAUUUUUUUCUCUCAACGAUCAUUAUUGAGCUCAAAGCACACUGUUUUAUAAUUAUCUGAUAUGGCUUUGAAAUACAGAGUGUGAAAUGUUGCAUCAGCCAUUGCAAGUGCAGUAAACCUCAUUGCAGUUUUUUUUAGGACAUUACAUUUACUGUUCGAUUAAUACAUGGCUACUAGCAGUAGGUGUUAUGUUUGGAGUUAGCGAUCUAGCUAAUGUGUUUUGGAGUUUCCACUUCCUCCGGGGGUGAAAUAGCACCAAUUAAACUAGGCCUAUAUAUAAUAUUAGUGCACAUAACGAUAAAGCCAAAUUCAUCUCUAUUUCACAAAAAAAUAAAAUAAUAAUAAUUACAUCGGGAAAUUCUCGAGCCCUAUUUUGACAGUAAAAUACAACAAAAAAAUUGCCUAAUUGUCAACCCACUGGAUUAGGUUACGUACCAAAAUAUUUUUAAUCAUGCAAUCCUGCUUGGACAUGUUAGAAGUAAUAACUUGUUUAUUGAAAACAAUUUCAGUAGUCCCUUACACUUAGAUGCAUUGUGAAUGACAUAAGAGGAUGACUGAAAUGUAUUUUAUUGUGUGACCCUGCUAAUUGUAUUGGAGGGGGGUGUUAUCACCAGAUCAUGGGCUGGUGUCACCAGCUGAAGAAGUUAGUGGCACCAGUGAAACACCCAGGAAACAUUUUAGUCUGGAGACCUGGGUCAGUGUGUAUGAAGUAUGUGCUCUGUAUUAUUUCCAAAUAAUAUAAUUUUGAUGUUCUUUACCUCUGAACCUGCACAAGCAUUCGUAGCAGUUAAAUCAUAUGUCAGAACGUGUAUAUUGAGGUAGCCAACAUGAAUGGGUGCCAUUUUGACACCAGAUUGUUAUUUUUUUUUAAAUGAAAGACAUGUUGUUAAACUGUACGUCUUUGUUAUUGUCCUCUCCUAUACUGCGGUCCCUUGAAAUAUGGAGCCACUUUUCCACACAUCGAUACUGUGUAACCAAUCAAGAGCACAUCUGUCAAACUGAAUAUUUUGUAAGGGGGAGAAUUUGAAGAGCGGAGGAGUAUAUCUUUCACGAUAAUGAGACCUUGGCACACUAGGGUAGAUACCAGUAGUAACCAAGACACUGUUAUAAAUUGGUGCAGAAAUAAAUAAUAGCAGUUUCCAUUUCAAUUUCUAAAAGUUGAAAUCUACUCUUUAAAAUUAGAAAAGAAAAUGAAUUCAGUAAUCAUUUUUGCGAAAAAUCCAUUUCCAUGGCUGCAUAAUGUACAGUUGAGUAGGACACUUAAGCCCUAAAGAUGGUGGUGUGCUAAAUGAUUUGGGCUCUCAAACAAUUAACUGGAUAUGUAUGCCCCUUUUCUCUGGCAAUAAACAUUGUUUGUCUGAACAAACUCCAAGGGAGUAUUCUGUGGAGACUGUUGAAGAUGGUAAUUGUCUAGCUUGAAGCUAAGGAUGCACACACACCAUCUCUGAAUUUGUUUCCUAGAUCACUUUAGAACAAUACACAAAAGCUACUGAUACCCUGGUGCUACAUACUAAAUAACAGUAUAGAAUGGAGACUGUUAAAAGGAAUACACUACACAAAAAAACUAUAUUUUUGUAUUUUGUUAUUUUGUCACAUGCAAAAUACUGACACGCACAAUUGAACAAAAUGCUUAAUAUAGUUUGAGUGUACUAUUCCUUGAGCGCAAGGAGACUGUUCGUAAGAAAGGACGCCACUGGCACAAAAAGUUCAUAAUUUAAUUUUUAUUCUUCAAAGAAACAUACUCAUGUGCGACGGUGGGAGAAAAUCCACAUAAAAAUUCACAUUGGGAAACCUUGACAUUUAAAGCACUCACGUUACAGUUGAAAAAGCAUGUUUAUCCUUAUCCUGCUGGCAGUGUACCGCAUUCUCAGAGAUCGUUCAAAGCAGAAUGCACAGCUGGGCUACAAAUCGCUCAGUCAUUGGGAAAGUGAAAGGACUGACACAGCUGACUAGUUGAAUUAAAAAGAGUUGACUCAAAAACAUUUCUUGCCUUGAGAGGAGUCUACUGUUGGUGUUGACAAAGAUCAAUGGUGUUUGUCUUAUAGUAUUAAACAGCUGAUGUGAGCUAUGGCCUAGACUCAGAUCAGAUCUGCAUUAACCCACGAUAAAUGACAACUGUAUAGCAUAUUGCUUUUGUUUGGACGAGGUCUGGGGUAACUGCGUUGGAGCUGCCAAAUCGGCGAGCACCCACUCUUGUGGUCAUUGUCACGAAACCAAACCCAUCCUUAAAUGCCACCCGUGUUAGAAGUUCCGAAUGAGAAAGUGUAGGCUAUGUAGAAAUGACACCGCCCAAAUAAAAUAAAUGAUAUGCAAUGCAGUUGUCGGUUAUCACAGGUUAACUCUGAACUGAUUGAAUCUAGGCCUUAGUUAACCAUUUUUCUAAAUGACAGACUAAAUGGACCCAGAGAUAGGAAUUAGCAUCCCAAUACUAUUUUAGAUCUCAUGUUAAAGAGUAGAACCUUGAGUUACGGACUGACCGAUCAAACAGGUAAUAUGGAACCAGGAAAUUUAUUAUUAAUUGCAAAGAAAACGUAAAUGUUGCUCAUGCGCCUGAGUCUGUAGAUUACAGAAACGUAAAUGUUUUUUUACUAAAUGGUUAGAAAAUACAUGUUAAUAAGUAAUUAAUAUUGUCUACAAAGGUUUGAUGCGUUAAAUCCAUUUCAAAGUAAAGAAUACGUCAGCAUUCUGAACAACCUCCAUUCCCGAAGAGUUCAUAUCUCCUGAGGUCCUAUACUGUACUUUGUUAUUGAUGCUAGAAAUCCCCCCAAAAUGAGAGAUUACAAAUUAAAAGUGUGGGAUGCAGCUAUGGCUGUCUGGUCAUCAAAAGUAAAUAAUAUGCUUCCUCGACCAGAGUAAAUAUAGCGCUACUGAAAGGAAAUUGGCUAAAUUAGCACAGGAAAUAAAGCUAGCACUCUGCUUUUCUAUUACUACAAGCUUGGCAAAAGCAGACUGCAACAUAGUUGAUUAUUAAGGCUUUGAAAAGGCUUUAAUUCCCC